UUCGCCCUUGCUGUAUUAAGCUGUCUGAUAUUGUAGGGUGGCUUAUUGUAUGCCAGUUUAAUCUCGGCGCUGUGAGUUGUCAAAACAGGAAGUUGAUGAAUUGAGAAACUGAAAGAUGAAUAAAAUAUAGAUGUUGUGUCAGGUGAAACAUGGCUUCGGUAAAACACACCCUACAGAGAGAUUUGUUUCUACCAAACGAUGAAAGAUUAAUCAGUUUAAUCAGUGUUUAUAAACCACCGAGGAAGAGAAAAGGAUCAUAUCUAUGUGCUGUAUUAAAUACCACAGACAGCCCUAUUAGAGUUUUUAUUUAUCAAGUUAAAAAGACAGACCGAGGCGACGCAUAUAAGAAGAAGCUCUCCUGGCUGUUACGGGAUCUCAGAAAUGUGGAUGGCAGAAGUGCACAAAAGGAAACAACAGAAUUUGACCUUCAAUUUGAGAAAAUUUACAGCUGGGCUACGAGUAGCGUGGAAGAAAAGGAGGGGUUUUUGUCUUCAUUAUGGAGACUGAGCCAGCGAUACCUGAUACAGAAACCGACAUUUGUUAACAUUCCAGAACAUUUAAUACAAGACAUCAACAAGCCGUUAGAUCAAGGUCAAGCAGCACAAGAUGGCGAUGAUAUUUCGAUUGAGGAUGAGGACUAUCAGGCGCUGUCAGCGAAAGAAGAAUCCGAUCUAGAACGUCUCAUGUCAUCAUGCCAAGCUGGUAUCGCUAAUGCAGAGGUCUUUGCUGAUCAACUCUCUAAAGAAUUAUCUGUACUGGAUGGGGCUAAUAUUCAUUCUAUCAUGGGAUCAGAAGAUCAGGUUUUAAAUCUAAUGAGGUUACUGGAUGAUGGAAUAAAACAAGCGGAAAUGGUUGAACAACAGUUGAAUUCAUAUGAUACAAUAUUAGAGAAUGUCAAGGAACAGAUGGAAGUAAUGAAAGAUAAAGAUAUGUUGAUGACCAUCAGAAAUACAAAUCAUCAUAAAUUAACAGAAGAAUUAAAUGGACUAGUGAGUAAUAUGGAUUUAGAUUUAAAACAUAUGAGUGCAUUAUUAGAUGGUGAUUUACAGACACCAAAUGGUAUUUAUGACUGUGCUAUAGCAGCUCAAGCUUUGUAUCGAUGUAUGAAUGUUGACAUGGAUCCAGCAUUAAAAAAACUUGGCGCUGUAGAAGAACAACAGAAGAAGUUUGGUAAAAUAUCGGCUACAUUCAGUAAAAGAUUAAUACAACAUCUAAAUAAUCUAUUUAUACAUCAGGGCAACCAAAUGGCAGAAUUAUUGAGUCGUUCAUCUGGUGAAUUAAAGAUGCCUCAACAUGAUAAGAUUCACAAAGAGUUGAUUAUUUAUUCUGAUUUAAUGUACUGGUUAAAAACUACAGAUCCACAUGUCUUUGAUUGUCUCUCAGAGGUAUACUGUGAGAAUCUAUCCAAACUUUAUGUAAGAGAGUUACAGGAAUUUUUAGAUUGUGCCAAACAAAAGCUGGCCAGUAAAACAGAGAAAGGAAAACAUAAUAUGGCUUCCAUGUUAUCAGGCUCAUCAACAAGUUUAGAAAAAGUUUCUUCCAAAGUACGCGGUCGAUCACCUUCCAUGCAGAGUAUCGAUUCCGUUAGCAUGAGAUAUGGCUCUGAAACAGACAUCGCUAAUAGAAACCUGUUUGAUUCAAUUUUAGAGAAAGUAUUUGUAGAGUUAGAAAGAGUUUGUUUAGCAGAACAAGAUUUCUGUGAUAAAUUCUUUCACUUAAGUGACACAGUUGUAGCAGAAGCUAAGGAUGGUGAUCAAGACAAUGAUAGUAGUGAUAUCUGGACACCAAGAAAAAUCACAAAUGUUCAAGAGCGACAAAUCAACGAUUCAGUUCGGUCAAUGUUAGGAAGUUUGUUUCCAUCAUUGGAACAUGAUAUAGAUAAUUUUAUCAUGUUUUCUGAUCGACAAGAUGGUCUAUAUUCCAUGUAUAUGUUAGUAAGAAUGACUAAUUUCAACAUUUAG